GCAGCUUUUUGACAGCAUUCAAGAAGAUAUAUCUGAUACCAAUUAUGCUUGCUCGGCUUUGGAUCGUAUCACUGGUGGUUCCGCCAGCUUCACCUUUCGCGGCCUCCUCCAGUCUCCAUUGACACUACCGGACGAAAAACUGGUGUCAUCGAUCAUUGUCAAAAAGGCAACUGAUUUUGCUGCCAUCAACAGUGACUUCGCACUGGACUCCAACCGAUCAGUACGGCCACAUUGUGAUCUUCCACAUAUCAUUUGCACGUUAGCUCAUUCUAGACAGAAAUAUGAAGACAUCAUGCUAAAAGCACUAUCGUACACGAGCCUCGCCUCCGCCUACAAUAGCAUCCCCGUCCGAACCCCACUCACCUACUUCUACAUGCCCUGCUUGCAAAUACAAUUUAUCGAAAACCUGGAGCCAGCAAUUGAUCUGGCAAGUAUACUUACCUCUUGUGCGAACGUCACUUUGCGAUCUGACUAUGGUGCGAUCGGCUUUGCACUGGGGUCAUGGUUGCGUGCAUUUCAUCUCUGGGCGAAAGAACCGAGACAGGAGAAGUUAAGGCGGGCCAUGAGCGAGAACGAAACAAGUCAACACCUGAAAUGGCGAACCACAUACGACACAAUCGUUGAUGUGACCAAGGAACUUUCGAUGACAGUAGAUGGGGAUUUGGACGUCUUAAGAGAAGUACGUGGCAGAGCGCUACGGGAGCUUGAACAGAAGCCACAGAGAGAAGAGUGGUGUGGUCUCAUUCAUGGCGAUUUCUGGACUGGAAACGUCCUCUUCGACGAGAUACCAGAUCCACAGCUUUACGUCAUCGAUUUUGAAUUCGGACAUAUUGGCCAUCGCGCUACCGAUCUCGGGCAGAUGAUCGGCGACCUCCUUGAGAAGAGCUACAUCAACCCUUCAACACGAACGGACUGCGAGACCAUGAUCACAGCCUUCGUGAGGGGUUAUGGCACUCUCAGUACCAACAUGGCAAACCGGGUUGUGAUACAUGCCGGGGUCCAUAUAAUCAAUUGGUGCUCUAGGCAUCCGGGAGCAGAGCUGAAGGCACAGGUGAAAGAGCUAGUGCACAAGGCGAUCAGAAUGAUUGUGAUAGCCUGGCAGGGGGACAAAGCACGUUUCGAUGGUGAGGUUUUAGGCUGCUUGUUCCGUGGAUCACACUAGGGUCUUCGAAGUUUGUGAUUUUAGCAGGUUGUCUGGCCUUCACAGGCAUAGUAUAACUGUAGGCAGCUCUGCACGUGAUUAAAGUCACGUGUAGAGCUGCCUACCUAAAGUCGAGUCAUGGCGGAUGAUACCCCACUGGACUGGAUGUGAGUCAACAUUACGGGCUGAUUAUAGAAUUAAUUGCGUAGCCACAA